UGUGUAGUCUGCUUGCAGUACUAGUCUGGGCUGCUGUUUGAGCUGAAUGCAGUGCAUUCUGUCAGAGGAGAGGAGAUGUUUGAAUUUGUGAUUCCGAUUCCAGACAAAAUAAUAAUCAAGGAUUGUCUGAAAAAGUCAGCAUCUUCAAACGUCAGCAUCCAGCUGGCUGGAAGAGUCAGAGUGCAGUGACCAUGGAUCUGAAAAUGUGUUAAUGCAUGGGGUUUGAAUUGCAGCAUGUCGACUCUAGACUGAAUCAGUUUAUUUGAAAAAUACGCUCUGAGGUUGAAGUACAGAAGGGACGGCUCCACAAAUAUGUUUUAGAGAUCUAGCUUCAAAGAAUGAAGAGAGAGGGAGAGAGAGCAAGAGGAGUACAGGAUGGAUGAAACAAAGUAAUUGCUUUCCGUUAUCCAAAGGGUGUUGGGAAUAUAAAUCAUUUUGAAAGAUCACCGUCCUAUGUGAGUGUGCAGAUACAGUGAACAGAUUCAGGACAUGGCUGAACAAGUUUUGGGAUUCUUCGUACUCUAUAGCUUCCUUGUGAUAGCCCUUCUUUCCAAGAGCAGCCUCACUGUGCACGGAUUUUCGAAGAAACAUGCUCGACCAGCACCAACAGAGGGGAAGGACAACAUUACCAUCUUCACCCGGAUCCUGGAUCGCCUGUUAGAUGGGUAUGACAAUAGGCUGCGGCCUGGCCUUGGAGAAAGCGUGACUGAAGUUAAAACAGAUAUCUACGUUACAAGCUUUGGGCCAGUGUCUGACACAGACAUGGAAUACACCGUUGAUGUAUUCUUCCGACAGAGCUGGAAGGAUGAAAGGCUCAAAUUUAAGGGGCCCAUGCGCAUAUUGCCACUGAACAACCUGCUGGCCAGCAAAAUAUGGACUCCAGACACCUUCUUCCACAAUGGCAAGAAAUCAGUGGCACACAACAUGACCACUCCCAACAAGCUGCUGAGGCUGGUGGAUAACGGCACCCUCUUGUACACCAUGAGGCUUACAAUCAAUGCAGAGUGCCCGAUGCAUCUGGAGGACUUCCCCAUGGAUACACACGCCUGCCCACUGAAAUUCGGCAGUUAUGCCUAUACCAGGUCUGAGGUGGUCUACGUCUGGACACAUGGACAGAAGGAAUCAGUAGUUGUUGCUGAGGAUGGAUCCAGAUUGAACCAAUACGAUCUGUUGGGACAGACAGUUGGGAUGGAGAUUAUUCAAUCAAAUACAGGUGAAUACAUUAUCAUGACAACCCACUUCCAUCUAAAGAGGAAGAUUGGUUACUUUGUGAUCCAGACGUACCUGCCCUGCAUUAUGACUGUGAUUCUCUCCCAGGUCUCCUUCUGGCUGAAUAGGGAAUCUGUCCCUGCACGCACUGUGUUUGGCGUCACCACAGUGCUGACCAUGACCACACUGAGUAUCAGUGCCAGGAACUCCUUGCCUAAAGUUGCCUAUGCAACAGCCAUGGAUUGGUUUAUUGCUGUCUGCUACGCAUUUGUGUUCUCAGCAUUGAUUGAAUUUGCGACUGUGAACUACUUCACCAAGCGGAGCUGGCCAUGGGAUGGCAGGAAAGCUAUGGAAGUUCAGGAGCUGAAGAAACGGGAACCCGUUAACCUGGCCAAGAAAACCAACAACACAUACAACAUUGUGGGGACGACAUACACUCUGAACAUCACCAAGGAUCCCAGUCUGGCCACCAUCUCAAAGAGUGCAGGGACGCACACCCACACCAAACUGGCCAAAGUGGAGGAGAAAUUGCUCGAGAGCAGGAAGACCUACAACAGUGUCAGCAAAGUCGACAAAAUGUCCCGAAUUGUAUUUCCUGUUCUCUUUGUCAUUUUCAAUCUGGUUUAUUGGGCCACAUAUGUCAGCAGAGAGCCAGUCAUUGAAGGUAUGAUUCCACAGAAAAAGACUCCACUUAAGGCUUGA